AUGCCCCUCCACGCGGGCUCCGCCCUGCUAGUACUGCUCUUGAUACUCCCACAAGUUCAAGCCUUUGGAGCUGGAAAUAUCGCCUCUAUCUCCGCUGUCGAAGGCAAGAACUGGCGCCAUGGUGAUAUCGAAGAUGUCCUCAAGACGCUGGCUUUUAUCUCUGGCCACAAAUGGACCUCCACCAUGAUCCAGCGCGUUUAUUUUGGUAACUGGUUGCGUGAUUAUUCGCAGGCAAUGGACGUUGGAACUCUUAAAAAUUUGCAGGCUGAUACGAUCCGUGUUUUGGUGUGGGUCCUCUCGUUCAUGAGCUUCGGCUACGCUACGGGUGAAUUUGAGGUAACUUCGGAUCGAUUGGGUGUCUACCGUCCCGAGGAACAUAUCGAUAACCCCAAGGAUUAUGCCGACAACGCAGAUGCACGCCAAUACGACAAGCGGUUGCGCCCACCUGUACGUGCUGUUGAGCUUGAAAUCGACCCCAACACCGGCAUGAAGAACUAUAUUGCCAAUGAGCGAGGCGAUUGGGCCACCAGCACCGGCUUUGUCAAGUUCAGUCUCAGUCGCAGUAUCCACUAUGGACGGACCUACACCAAUGGUGGACAAAGGAAGGGCAACGAAGAGGACCUGUGUGAAGCACUCCGAUGUCUAGGCCAGGGACUACACACGCUGGAGGAUUUUGCCGCACAUACCAACUAUGUUGAGCUGGUAUUGCGCGAGAUGGGGUUGAAGAACGUAUUCCCGCACACAGGCACUGCCACCCAGAUCAACCUUCAAGGACAUUGCGUUUUCCCGUUGGUGACGGGAACCUUUGGGAUGGUCGAUUUCUUCCAUUCCGUGAUGGGAGAGGCAAAUGAUCAUGUCACUCAAACCGAGGUCAACGAGAUGGAUAUUGCGCUCGGUAAUGCCGAAUCAAAUGCGCAGUCGAACAAUUCUCUUGACGCCUUGACUGGGCUCUUGGGCAAGAUCCCCGGUACCAAGGAGCUUGUCAACGAGGCCGAGGGUCUCAGGAGGUCGGCGGCGGCACAAGAAAUGGACAACCGGAGCCGUAGUGCUGCGACCGGUUAUGCGCAGUCUUCUUCCGACAGCCACGAGCGGUCCCGUGCCGGGCCAACUCAGUCGUCAGGCAGUGGCUCGAAGCCUAGCUCUGGACUCAACGGAAUGCCUGAUCUCAACCCCCAGGCGACAGUAGCCAAGAUUUAUCCUAUCCUGGCAUUCCGGGAUAAAGUAAUGCGAAGCUUGAACUCGAUCAUUGAAAGGGUCCCAGGCUUGGAGUCACUUGUCGAGAAGAUCUCUGAGACUUUGACCGUUGUCGUCAUGUCGCUCCUGUCGCCUUUCAUUCGACCUCUGAUCAAAGCCGCUUCCACGUCCAUGCAAAAUGGAUCAGCAGAUGUUAUUGAUGCCUCUGGCAAGCACCAGUACGAACCAUGGACCGAUCCGCACUGCACAGACCCCACCCACUCGUUGCUAUCCAAGGAUCACUUUGCCAACAUCCUAAAUGAGCCCGCUGGACGGGUUGCCUCUGCAAUCGUGGAGUAUAUCGCACCUCGUGUUCUUUACGCUUGGCAACAUACCGAUGUCUCCGUGGACGAGGUCCUCAAUGACUGCAUGCAAGUGUUCCACCACCCAGUGUUGCGCAACAUGCGCAAUGAUGCUCAUCGUACAAUGUUCGAGGCCGUUGAAAAAUGGGCCCACGCCCGCCCAGACCGCGGCGCUUCCCUUGACUCUAUCCUCAGUUCCGAGGGCGUGAGAUCCGGUCGUAACACUGGUGGAGUGAGUCACACUCACAGCGGUGGUCAUGGUGGAUUUGCGGCCUUGGGUGGUGCCUCCCACGGCCAAAGCCAGAGUCACAACCAAAGCCACAGCCACGGACACAGUAGCAAUGGCGGAGGUUUAUUUGGUGGAUUGUCAUCAUUUCUCCCUCAACAGAACCAGAACCAGAACCACCAGCAACACUCAAACAGCAGCUCCUCUGGCUUGCCCUGGGACAAGCUCUCCAGCAUCCCCGGCUUGUCAAACCUGAGCAAACUCGAAAGCAAAAUCUCCAACUUCCUUCCUGGCGGCUUGUCACGCGAUUUCAACGACCGAGGAACCCAACAAAGCCAGCCCAGCUCAUACCCAAGUCAUGAGGCAGGGGGUAGGUACGACGCCUCGUACCCUCCCCCACAACAGCAAGGAGACUACUACCAGCCUCACAUUAUGGCAGCUCGCAGAACCCUUCGUCCCAUAGACAACAGGAUGACCCCUUCGGCCAUCCGCAGCCGCAUGGUGCUCAGCAUGGCCCACCACAUGGUUCGCAUCCAGGCUGGCAUGAUGGAUCUGGACAGGGCCAGGAAUAUGGACAUGGUCACGGGUAUGAACAUGGUCAUCCGGGCUUUUGAAGAUCGGAUGAAAAGACGAAAAUUAAAUGAUUUGGCUGAAAAUGCAGAGAGCAAGUGA